AUGACCGCCAUGACAACCUUGCCUGCACCAGGCGUAUUGGACGCCCACGCUUCUGAUGCCAUCACCGCAACUACACCCAGGCCUUCACCUCUGAUCGACACCAAGGCAAGCAAUGUCCCUUCCAAUCUCACCAAGAUCGACCAUGUCGAAAGCGCAGUGUCGCUGGCCGAUGGCGCUGCAACGUCCGACGCUCUUAUCUACCCGACCGUAGCUCCGGACCACAUCCCCCCUUUCUCUCAAAGCAGCAUCAUCCUCACCCUCAACUUCCUCCUCAACAUGACCUUCUUCAUCAUCGUUCCGAGUUCAGCCAACUACUCCAACGAACUGGGAGCAUCGACAUGGUUCUCCGGUCUCACCGUUGGUAUCUCGGUCGUCGUUUCGGGACUGCUGCUGGUUCCCUUUUCCAUGCGGUACGAUCGGGUCUAUCGUUUCCCCAUCCUGUUCGGUGCCGUGUGCAUCAUGGUCGGGGAAGUGGUCUACGCGCUGGCAGGUGUAGCCGAUACCGCGUGGCUGAUGCUUGUAGGACGUGCUAUAAUCGGCGCUGGCUUCGUUGUGUGGCGUUUUGUAAAAUCUUACUUUACCGAUGCGGCGGUGGUAGGGACCGAGAAGAGGACUAUGAUGGCAGCAUGUUUGGUGACGAGCCAGGUUGCAGGGAUGGCAGUGGGGCCGUAUGUAGGAGGACUGUUGACGAAGAAGCUGAGGCCUAUGACGGACGAGCAUAGGCUGUGGAACGGAUUCACAGCGUCAGGAUGGGUCAUGGUAGCAGUUUUUGCGGUCUUCUUCACCGUAACAUGGAUCGUGUUCCGCGAUCCUGUUCGAGCACCCACCCAAGCCCAACGAGAAAUCGAGCUCUCGACGCUCUCCCCGGCAGAACGAACAAGAUCAAAAGAGUCAUUGUCUUCGCAAGAACCGACGCUACGAGGCAUGUUCCGCGAGCUCAACUCGACGCAAAAGUUCUCGGUCAUGACCAUGUGUUGGUUCAGCAUGGUCAACUUCCUCGUCCUAGGUGCUUGGGAAGUCAACAUCCCGAUCUUUGGUCAUCUGCGCUUCGGAUGGAGCGAGUACAAUGCUGGAAAUGUGAUCGCUCUCGGUGGAUUGGCGACUAUGCCCAUCCUGUUCGCACUCGUGUUUGCAGCAAAGUACAUUCAGGAUCGUCUCAUCUUGGCUGGAGGAACGCUGUUCGGAUUGCUCGGACUAUCGCUUCACUUGGGAGCAUUGGAGAGCCCCUCCCACUCGGCAGUGGACCGAUUAGGAGCACUGCAGGAGCUUACCUUUGGCUCGUUCUUCACCAGCUGGUUCUUCGUAUCUCUGGGCUUCAAUGCGCUGACGACCAUCACGCUGGCACUGCUGUCCAAGCAGAUACCGGCAAAGUACAAUGGUCUGACGUCGACCGUCAUUCAGCUUUCGAACAACGUGGGGCGUAUCUGGGGUGCGCUCUGGGGUGCCACUGUCUUUCAGGUAGGUCAGUUCGGCAUCGUUUCGCUCGAACUGGCGGUCACGCUGAUUGGAACUUGCUUGAUCGGAUUCAUGUGGCGAAAGAUGAAUGUAGCUAGCGGAUAG